ACUGCUUUACGUAUUUUUCAUCUUUAGAUUUUUAAAAUUUUAAGAUGGCAGUGCCAUCAGCUGUGUUGUAUAUUGUAUGGUAAAAACAUAUGAUAAAAAAAUUUGUGGCUUUGUUACAAUCAAAAGAAGCAUAUUUUCAAAAUGUCUGACAAGUGUUCUUGUUGCAACUCCAAAACGGAUUGUAAACAGGGAGAAGAUGAAAAUGAACCAAAGUUUAAGUAUCAACGUCUAACCAACGAUUUGAAAACUAUACUUAACGCCGAUGCUGUUACAUGCACUGCAGUUCACCCAAAGUUUCUUAUACUUGGAACUUUUCGUGGUCGCGUAUACUUGCUGGAUCACCAAGGAAAUUCAGUCGAUUCACAAUUGAGCAAAAGCGGACGACAUACCCACCAGGUGGCAGUCAACAAAGUUGAUGUAGACCCGAAGGGCGAGUAUGUGGCCACAUGCUCAGACGACGGAAAAGUAAACAUUACUGGAUUGUUCAACCAAAUACCAGAACACCAGAAACUUGAUUUUCAAAAAUGCAUCAAAGUGGUGGCCGUGGAUCCCAAUUCCAAGUCUUGUAUUGAUCAAUUUAUUGUCGGUGACGAAAAACUAGUCUUAUACAAAAGAAACAUUUUUAACAAAUUUAUGCCUAAAGAGCUAUGUAUGGUUGAGGGUAGUGUAUUGUCAAUUUGUUGGCAUUUACACAUGGUUGCAUGGGCAAGUCAUUUGGGUGUUCAUGUCUACGAUUUGAAUGAAAAAUGUUCUCUUGGUCUGAUAAAAUGGGAAGUUCCGUCACAGACUCGCCUUGAAAAUUUUAACUGUCACUUGCGAUGGCAAAACGACAACAAGCUUCUUAUUGGCUGGGUGGAUACCAUUAGAAUUUGCAUAAUUCGAAAACGAAAUGCAAUCGAAGCUUCAUCCAGAAAUUUACCAGACUAUGUAGUUGAUCCAAUCUCCACAUUUCAAACUAGUUUUUAUGUAUGUGGACUUGCCCCAUUGACAUCUAGUCAACUAGUGGUACUUGGAUAUAUUAAGGAGAAAAGUGUCUCGCUUAAGGCACUGAGUCCAGUAUUAUGUGUCAUUGAAUAUAAAAUGAACAGCAGCGAAGAAAUAUGCACAGAUAGUCUAAAUUUGCGCGGGUAUGAAGAUUACACCGUUAAUGACUACAGCUUGGGCUGCAUAAUUGAGGAGAAUCGGUAUUACAUUGUGGCCCCCAAGGACAUUGUGGUGGCUAGUCUUAUCGAAACAGAUGAUCGCGUUGAAUGGUUGAUUAAACACAGGAAUCAUCUUCGUCCCCAUAAUCCUUUAUCAGGACUACCAUGAAUAAAAACAAAGCAUUUCCGUCUGCAGGCAGAUUUGAUCAUAUUUCAGAUCGUACAAGUAUAUCAUAUACACCUGUGUUCAUUAAAAUAUCAGUGCAACCGAGUCUAAAAUAUAUAACUGUUUUAUUUUAAUUUUUCAAGUGUUUUCCUGAACUUUUCAAUAUUGCUCUAAUAAAUUGGAAAUAGAGAUUGAGAAAACCCAAAAGCGUUAUUAGAUUUAGACUUUUUUAGUUUUUAUUCAUAUAUUUGCACCAAUUCACGAACUUUGGCUAUUCACUGAAAUAACAGUGUUAACAAAAAAAUUAAAUAAAAUUCAUAAAAACUUUUAAAUAUUUGGGUUUGAAAUUAUAUUUUGCUGUAUAGCCAUUGUAGGUUAUUACAGCAUCACAACAUAGUGGCAUGGAGUCUACAAAGUCCUGACAACGUUUGAGGGUAAUAUCGCCAUAUGCUUCCUACAAAACAUAACUCAACUGCGGCUUAGAGGUCGAAAAGUUCUUUAAAACAUUACCCUUGAUGUCCCCUAAAAGUUUUCAAACUGAUUUAAAUACUGGGAUUGUGCUGGCCAUGACAUAUUCUAAGUCUCGUCUUGGAUAAACCAUGCCAUGACCAGUUUUCAUGUGUGUUAGGGAUCAUUGUCUUGCGGAAAUAUCCAUUAUGGCGGCAUAUCCUCCUCAGAACAGGGCAGGAUGACGUUUGUUUUUUAUAUAUCUACAUAUACGAGCUGGUCCAUGAUCCCAUCGGUCAUAUGUAUGGGCCUCAAACCGCAAUGCGUAAUAAAACCAAUCUUACUAAGAUUAUACCUACAGUGCUUAAGUCUGCUCUGUCAACAGAUAUUACGUCAUUUGAAUAGUGGUCAAUUCAAGUAGAUUUUGUCAAGCCCCAACCUGGCUUUGAUAUGCCUUUUACCAUGUAAUAUGCCGUGCACCAUUCUUGGACUUCGAGCAUUAAAAUUAUCAUUUAAUAAUUGCCGGAGAAUAGUCACAGAACUGAUCCCCCAUUUUAGAGCCGCUUUUAUAACUCUAAAGGAUGCAAAAGGGCCCGCUUUGCUAUAGCUCACUAUGCGUCAGUCCUACAAUAUGGUGUUUGUGCAUAUCGUACCUCGUUUUUUUUCGGUUCGAUUCAUAAUUUAUGGAAAUCAUUCUGGCAGAACAUUUUAUGAGACUUUGAGUUUCUUUGUAUGCUCUUCCCUUCUCUCGAAGCUGAACGACCGUUACUCUUUAUCCCUUGGAGGAGUGAGGUCCUCUAACCACGAAAAUAAAAUUUUUUUAAUAGAAAUAGUUUAAUGUUGUAAUAAUUACAAAAAUUAGUAUAAUUAAAUUUACUUUUCACAAAAUUAAAAAAAAUUUUGGCACUUUUCAAAGAAGAAAAGCAAAAAAAAAAAAGGUGAAAAGCCUAAAGUUCUUGAAUUGCUGCAAAAAUAUGAAUAAAAGAUCAAAUCGGCGUAAUUCUGGUUUUUGGGUUUUUUCAAUCUCUUAACUUUAUUUUACUAAAAUAAUAUCGAAAAAGCCAGGGAAAGAUUCAAAAAUUUGAAUAAAACAAAUAUGUUUUCGAUUCUGUUGCACUGCUUUUUUAAUGAGUACAGCUAUAUGUAUAUAGUUUCCAUAGGGUCAAUUAUUUUCAAUUUAUUGACAUGUGAUUUCAUAUUUACAGAUUGUGUAUACUCUGUGAUUUUUUACGUAGACUUCUAUAGUAACCACGUUGGUCACGUUUAUAUUAAUUUUUGCCACGUAUCCUCUAGAUCCAAAAAAUAUAAUAUUUUUGUACCGUAAGAUCCAAAAAGGUCAAUUUAUAUCUAUUAAACCUAAAAAAAUGUAAGGCACUAAGGAACUCUGGGUAUCAUAAAAUCUAGAAACUGGACUAAACUCGUUCUAAUAACAAACGUGUGCAACGCAGCGAAUUGUUCAAAUGACACAACCUUGGUAUUUUUAAAGAUGCUUGGGGCUUUUUACAACAUGUUCUUUUUAGAAAAAGGAUUAAAUAUUGAAAUUUACUUAAGGACUAUAUAUGAUCGAAUAUAUACCUAAUAAUAUAAGAUGCUACUAACUGCAAGGGUAUAUCAACUUCGGCUCCGCCCGAAGUUAGCUUUCCAUUCUUGUUUUUUAUUACAUAUAUUUUUAC